ACGCCUCGGGCGGCCGCGCCCCCGCGCCAGGCACUGAAAAAGGCCGGAGCGCGGAGCCGCGCCGCUCACAGCCCGCCCGCCGCCUGCCGAAGGUCGCGGCCCCUCAGCGACGCCAUGACCGUGCUGAAGCUGUCCCUCGUGGCUUUCAGCUUCGUCUUCUGGGCGGCGGGGCUGACCAUGCUCGUCGUCGGCCUCUGGGCCGAGGUGCGGCUGGGGGGCUACCUGGCGCUGUCGGCCGGCGACACCCCCGGCGCCCCCGCCAUCCUCCUGGCCACCGGCACCGCCGUCAUGAUCUGGGCCUUCCUGGGCUGCUUCGGCGCCGCCGCCGAGCACCGCGGCCUCCUGCGCACCUACGGCGCCUUCCUGGCGGCCGUGCUGUUGGCCGCGCUGACCGCGGGGCUCUCGGCGCUCGUGUACCGCCAGGACAUCGCGCGGGGCUUCCGGGAGGGGCUGCGCCAGGCCCUGAGCGCCUACGGCGAGGACGAAGGGAAGGCGGACGCCCUGGACGCUUUGCAGCGCGCGUUGGGCUGCUGCGGUGUGGAGAGCUACCGGGACUGGCUCGCCUCGCCCUGGGCGCUCCAGCAGAACGCCUCGGUGCCGCUCAGCUGCUGCCGGGCCCGGCGGGGCUGCCCGCUCAGCCCGGCCGGCGCACGCGGCCUGCACCCGGAGGGCUGCUUCGGCAAGGUCUCGGCCUUUGUCAGCAGCAACAUGUUCUGCGUUGCCACCGCUGCCCUGGGACUGGCGGUGCUGCAGGUCGUCGGCAUCGUGCUGGCGUGCCUGAUGGCUGCCCGCAUCCCUGCUCGCGUGACCGCUCCGCACUGAGACCUCCCCAGGUCUGGCUCUUGUCACCUCCUGCUCCCUUCUUGCCCCUGGAUCUGGGAGAUGUGAGUGAGCCCCAUCUGGAAGACCUCUUCAUCGUCCCCAGUUCACCCUUCCUCACGGUCU